AUGUGCGAAUUAAGAGCACAGUCAAUGUGUGAAUUAAGAAUACAGACAAUGUGUGAAUUAAGAACACAGUCAACGUGUGAAUUAAGAACACAGUCAAUGUGCGAAUUAAGAGCACAGUCAAUGUGUGAAUUAAGAAUACAGACAAUGUGUGAAUUAAGAGCACAGUCAAUGUGCGAAUUAAGAACACAGUCAAUGUGCGAAUUAAGAACACAGACAAUGUGUGAAUUAAGAACACAGUCAACGUGUGAAUUAAGAACACAGACAAUGUGUGAAUUAAGAACACAGUCAAUGCGUGAAUUAAGAAUACAGUCAAUGUGCGAAUUAAGAACACAGUCAAUGUGCGAAUUAAGAAUACAGACAAUGUGUGAAUUAAGAACACAGUCAAUGUGCGAAUUAAGAACUCAGUCAAUGUGUGAAUUAAGAACACAGACAAUGUGUGAAUUAAGAGCACAGUCAAUGUUCGAAUUAAGAACACAGUCAAUGUGCGAAUUAAGAACACAGUCAAUGUGCGAAUUAAGAGCACAGUCAAUGUGUGAAUGA